AAGCUGCUAAGCCCACCAGUCCACCACCCAUCAGUCCAUGUCCAUCACCCUCUCUCGUUUAUUUUUGCGCCAUCUUCCUCGCCUCCUCCACAAAACAAGUCCACCUCCCGACUCCACCAAAAUCCCAAACCCUAGCGGCCCCGGCUCAGAUCCCUCCACCUUCAGCUAUCCAUCGCGGUGGGCACCAUGCGGAUCCGCAAGAGCGCCUCCCGCCUCCUAGGCUCUGCCUACUCCGCCUCCGCUGCCCCGCCCGUUGGUGCGGCGCCUCCGUUCGACCUGCUUCCGCCGCCGCCGCCGCCGCCGCCACCGCACCUGGCGCCGUGCUCCGCGCCCGAAUCCUGGGGCGGGGCCGGCUUCUCGGGGCCCUCUGCUUCCUCUGCGGAGCCCUGCGAGCUCAGCCGCUCGCCAUGGGACCUCAUCGCCGAGCUCUCCCUCUCCGACCCACAGGUGGAGGAUGACAUCGUGGACAAGUACUUCGUCCAUGUCACGACCCGCUCGAGCUGGCUCUUCUCAGCCACCAUGCCAGCCGCCUCCUCCGCCAAGAAGAAGAAGAAGCUGCAGGCUGCAGCUGGUGGGGAUAGCACGAAGCUGCGCCGUGACACUGUGAAGAAGCCUGCAAUGAGUAAGGAGAAGGAGGGCGAGGCCAAUAAGAAGGCAAAGGUCAAGAAAGAGGAGGGGCAGGAUCAGGAUGGGGCAGCACGGGUCUGGAUGUGCAAGAAGAACGACGGCAGACGCUGGCACUGCAACCGGCCAGUGAGCCAACCCGACACCCUCUGUGAGUACCAUUUCGUGCAGAAGCGCUCCUACUUAAACCCCGAUUUCGAGUCCCCCUCUGUGGUAAAAUUGGAGGAGGCAGCGCCAUUGCCGGUGCCGGUGCCAGUGCCAGCAGCUGCCUCGAAGUCCUGCACACGCAGCAACAAGAAGCCAAGGAAGAAGAAGCCUGGCAGUGACCUCAGUGCGACUGAGGGAUUCUACUACUAUGCUGGGUUCGGCCCAUUCCGGUCCAAGAGGCAGUGUAGAAGUGGCGGCACGAACAUGAAGUGGCCGCAAGAUGAAGAGGAUGACGCGAAAGAUGAUGCUUCUCCUAGUGAGCAGCAGGCUGAAGUUGAUGAUGGUCAUGAUGAUACCAAUCAGACUGUGGCUGCAGCCCGUGGUGAUGCAUCUAGCUGCGAAGAUGACACGGCAGGGAUUGCCGGCGUCGAUGAGGGGAGCAGCGAUGACGACUUCGAUGGACUUGGUAUCUCUGGCCACGGCAUGAAUGGAAAUGGUGAUUCCAAAGCUAGCAAUGGUGAUGGCAAGAGAAAGAUCCCGUGGAAGCGGUGGAGGAAGCCCGUGAAGGCGCGGUCGCUCAAGUCCUUGAUGUAAGCACCUACAUACGUGCUCGAUCUCGCAUCGGCGACGACGUAGAAGAAAGGAUGCUAGCAGGUAUACCUUUUGGCUUAGUCGAUCUGUUCUGAUUUUGUUGUUGACCAGUUGUACAAGUUGUUUGACUUUUGCAUUAUCCUUUUUGCGAUUGGAUGGUUAUUCAUUUAAUUAGUCUGUCGUGUUGAGGCGUUGUGUGCUUCUUCCUUGUUGCGUUUGGGAUGAACUGAUAUAUGCUGUCUGGUGAGUGAUGGAAUUUUGCACAUUUUUGCGUGCGGAGUGUGAACUCUCGAA